UUUUGUAGAUCAGAUUGGGUGAGUAUAAAUAAGUUGUUCCAACCAAGAAAGAACCAAAUCAUCACCGUAACUUAGUUGAAGCUGUUGUUGGAAACGUGAGUACUGUACAUGUGUAUGUGUCUGUCUCUAACUGAAAAAACAAAACCAAGCGAUGUGGUUAAAGACAUUAGCAACCUCUCAUCUUUCUAGGAUCGCAGUUUUGGUCCUUUUCAUUGCUUUUCUUCUCAGAUUUUACAUCAACAACACUUCACAACAGAGAUUGUUCAGUACUCAAGAGCUUUCAUUGUUCAAUGGAACUGAUCAAGGGUUGCCAAUCCUUUUAGGAAUUCUUGGAUCUGUUUUUGAUGUAACCAAGGGAAAAACACAUUAUGGUUUAGGAGGAGGUUACAAUCACUUUGCUGGAAGGGAUGCUUCUCGCGCGUUUGUCUCCGGAAAUUUCACAGGAGAUGGUCUCACUGAUUCGUUGCGCAAUCUAUCUAGCACUGAGGUCAAGAGUGUCGUUGAUUGGCGGGAUUUCUAUUUAAGAUCUUACAAGUAUGUUGGCAAGUUGGUUGGUCGAUACUACGAUAGCCAAGGGAAUCCUACAAAAUAUUUGAAAGGGGUUGAAGCAAAGGCUGCAAGAGGUGCUCAGCUUCUAGAACAACAGAAGAUUGAAGAGGCUAAGCAACCUUCAUGCAGUUCAAGGUGGAGUCAAGAUGAGGGCGGUGAGGUAUGGUGUGACGUCGGCUACCCUAGGUUGGUUCAGAGACCAUUAGAAAUUGCUUUGACGGGGAAGAUGAGUAAGCGUUGCGCUUGCUUUGAAGAGUCUCAGUUAGACCAACCUGGUUUAGAGGUAUAUGAAGGUUGUGACUAUCAUGCUAACAGGUGCAAAGCUUAAACAGGAAUCUAACACCAAUAGUCUAUACUUUUUGUAGUCUAUACAUGUGUGUUUUGAAUAUGUAUAUUAAAGCUUAAUUUAAUGAAUGUGGUAAUUGAGGUGUUUGUUUGUUA